CGACGUGAAUGAAUGAUCGUACAGUGAUCUUCAAAGUGCACUAGAAACGAUCGUGCGUGCGAUUAUUGCGAAGUGCCAAGAAAUCCAACCAUCAAAAGCACAUCCGUGCGUGCGUGCGUGCGAAGUCAACAGAGGCGAUCCUGGGUUGCUGGUGUGCCAAACACCCACACAAAAACCAGAACACGGGUCAAAGCCAACUCUAACCACAGCCGCAGCAAUGGAACGCGAGCGGCAGAGAGUGGGUGCGGCCAGCAAAACAUUCGCCUUUUUGGCUGGCACGUUGUUGGUGCUGCUGACAUAUGUCCAGCUAGCGUCCAGCUGUAACGAAAUGGUGUGUGCCAGCAUCGUGUCCAAGUGCAUGCUUACACAAAGCUGCAAGUGCGACAUGAAGAGCUGCACGUGCUGCAAGGAGUGCGCCGAAUGUCUCAGCUAUCUCUACACCGAAUGCUGCAGCUGUCUCGAGAUGUGCCCUAAACCGAACGAAACGUCCAACGAGCUGUCGAAGCAGUCACACAUCGAGGAUCUGGAGGGUUUCCCGAACCUGUACGACGUGAUAACGUCUGAGCAGGAUGCGCAAGGACGUUGGAAGGUGAUCUCAUUCCCAAUCGACAUCGAUGCCGCCCUGUACGGCCCUAAGGGAGAUGGUGCUACGAAAUACAUCGUCCAUUCAACUGAUAUGGACCUGAAGCAGAAGUACGAGGAUCCGAACAAGAUCACCGUCAACUGUACCGUCGCCUACCAGGCGCAAUGUAUGUCCUGGAACAAGUGUAAAGAAGCCUGCCGGACGAUGGGUGCCAGCAGCUACCGCUGGUUCCACGAUGGGUGUUGCGAGUGCAUCGGUCAGUACUGCCUCAACUACGGUAUCAAUGAGUCUCGAUGUCGCGACUGUCCGGAGAACAAGGAGCACGAUCUAGACGAUUUUACGCCAGAGGACGAACUCGACUAUGGUGAUAGUAUGGGACCUCUCGACAAUGCUGCGAUCGAAUCGACAAACAUAUGAAUCGUGCUUGGCCUACCGUCACUCUGUCUUUUUCGAUUCCACAUCACCCGAUCGAUUCGUUUCCUUCGCUGACUCUUGCUCUCCGGCUGUCCAAGCUGUUUAGCUUCUGGUGGCACGGGAGUGUACGAAAGGGUUUAAUUUUUUAUUGGAAAAGGAUCACAAGGCAUCUAAAUUACGUCCGGAUAGAAGACGUAGCGAAUUUGCAUUAAACGCUAGCUCAAUUGUACUGCAGCUGAGUCGUGAUUGGGUUUAUUAGGGAAUCUAACGUCUCUAGUGCACGAUUGUAUAAAAGUAAUCACUUAAAGUAACUCGAUGACGAUGAACAAGCAGUUCGGACGGGGUAUAGUUUUUAUACGUUUAAGCAAAUUAACCCACAAUCAUCACAUAAACACGGGUUAGGGGUUAGACAUCAUCACGGUGAAGCGCGAAUCCCAAGCGCAUCGCAUAAAAGAUUAGAAAAUAAGCAGAAUUUUAUGGGGUGAGUCAUGUAGAGAGCCACAUCGAACACUGCAAGGGCACUAGAGAUGAGUGUAGAUUGAUGGCAGUGCUGGCUGCUGAGAUUAUGGACAUAGAUUAGCGACACGAAGGGUUGCCUUCGUCGUCGAUUGUCGGUUGUAGUAACGGGCUUUUAAUCCCUACAGUAGGCCAAUAAUUCAACCCGAGCUAUUUAUGGAGCGAACGUGUAAUCUAAUAUUAUUGCAAUGUAACAGUGCAGCUAUGUGUCAAUAAAUUCUCUUUAAU